AUGAGUGCUAUUCCUGACUUCGGGGCUUCGAUUCCGAAAAAAUUCAAGUCUGCUUCGAUGGAACAAUCCUUGUAUGUGCAUUCUCCUCACGUAUUUGCUCAUCUAACUAUCAUUGCUCGUAAUCCCCAUCAGGAGCUUUAUGAGUAUCUCCGGGAAAAGUUGGAAGGAUUCAUCACAUUUGCUGACCCAGAUAGCCCUCCUAAAGUAGAUCAGGUGCGUCAUACUCCAUUAAGCUCUAACAAACCGGAGCUUGUUAUCAUCGAUGACUAUAGCAAUGAUAAACUACUUCAGAAGAAUAUCUUCUCUCAUUACUAUACACGCGGGCGACACUUUAAACUCUCAACCAUAUUCCUAAGCCACAGCUACUUUGCCACUGAUAAGAUGAUUCGGUUGAAUUCAGAGUACGUAGCGAUUCUAAAAGCGAAUUCGAAGCGUGAUUUACAGAUGGUUGUAAAGGAUUUUAACAUCAAAGGCGUUAAUGAACGAUCAAUCGUCUAUUGCUACAAUAAAGCCACGGAGCGCAAAGGACAGAUGCUGUUCGUGGAUUCACAAUAA